CGUGCGCACUCGGCAGUGCGGCCAGUGUGCGUGCGUGAGUGGGAGGUGGCAAGCCCCUGACUCCGGCCUUCCCCGCUGCCCUUUCCUGCGCGACGUCUACAACCAUGAGCCGGUUCGGUACCCGGUUGGUGGGAGCCGCGACCACCCAGUCACCGCCGCCCAAAGCCCGCAGCAAUGAAAACCUGGACAAAAUAGAUAUGUCUUUGGAUGAUAUUAUCAAAUUGAACCGAAAGGAAGGAAAGAAGCAGAAUUUUCCAAGACUAAAUAGAAGACUCCAGCAAAGUGGUACUCGGCAAUUCAAGAUGAGAUUACGGUGGGGAAUUCAACAGAAUUCUGGUUUUGGUAAAACUAAUCUGAACCGUAGAGGAAGAAUAAUGCCUGCAAAAAGACGUCCUUAUGGAGUUGUCACUGGCCUUGCAGCUAGGAAAACACCUGGAAUUCGAAAGGGAAUUAGUCCUAUGAAUCGUCCUCCUCUCAGUGAUAAGAAUAUAGAGCGAUAUUUUCCCGUGUUAAAAAGGAAGGCAAACCUUCUGAGACAGAAUGAAGCACAAAGGAAACCAGUUGCAGUUCUCAAGAGACCUAACCAGUUAAACAGAAAAACUAACCUCCCAGCUAAUUUUACCAGGAGUGGGAAUAAAUUAAGCCAUCAGAAAGAUACUCGCCAGGCAACUUUUCUUUUCCGAAGAGGCCUGAAGGUUCAGGCCCAGGUGAACACAGAACAGCUGCUAGAAGAUGUAGUAGCAAAGAGAACGCGUCAAUGGCGUACUUCCACCACAAAUGGAGGAAUUCUUACAGUGUCCAUUGACAAUCCUGGAGCAGUUCAGAACCCAAUAGCUCAAAAACCGCGAUUAACUCGUACUCCUGUGCCCUCUUUCAUGACAAAACGAGAGCAAUCUGAUGUAAAGAAAGUUCCUAAAGGUGUUCCCCUACAAUUUGACAUAAAUAGUGUUGGAAAACAGACAGGGAUGACUUUGAAUGAACGAUUUGGGAUACUGAAGGAGCAAAGAGCCACUCUCACGUUCAACAAAGGAGGAAGCCGCUUUGUAACUGUGGGAUAAGAUCCCUUGUCAAAGGAACUUUUCAGUGAUGACUGUUUGAGAAGUUGAAUUGCUUGAAGAAUUCAUCACAGAAAUUCAAAAACUUUACUUCAAAAUAUCUAGAAGGCUAAAUAACUUUUAUUUUUUAAGGUUUUUUUUUAAUGUAUAAAAUAAUCCCCUGAAAGAAUAACAGGGAAUAUACCUAUCUGUUCUUAAAGAUUUCUUGGUUGACCCCGACAAAAUAAUUCUCUAUUGACUUCUUUGGUGCCUCAUGAAGCAGAAGGAAGACAGAAUGAUAGAAAUUGCUUAUUUUUAUGAUAGUGGCAUUUAGGAUCUCAUUACUUUUGCCCAUUUUUUAGUUCUUGGCCAUGGCCAACCUUAGUCUUUGGAUAUAUAUAUAUAGCCCCCUUUGUUGCUGUCACUUAACUUUGAAUAGUGUUGACAUAAGUGCAGUUGCCUUUUCUUCAUUAGUUAUAUUAAAAAUUUUCAGAAUUUCAGUUUUGGCUUUUAGGAUUUAUGGAAAUAUCUGGAACUUGGUUCAUUUUUCAGAUAAUAUUAGGUUAAAUUCCUAAAGUUUAAGUCUUUCAUGUUGAAAUUCUGACAAGGAAUGUGGUUCUCUUAAUAGUCUCAGCCUAAAAUGUUGAUGUUUCCUUACUAUAAAUGCAUAUUUACACAGUUACCUGAUACUUUAGAGGGUAAGUUUCAGUGUAAAACCCUGAAAGUUGGUGUUUGAAAAAUGUAGAAAGCAUGACAGGGAAUAGCAAGUUGAAGGACCAGAAAUUUAGAUGAAAUACUUCAAAACCCCAGUUAUGGGUAGACUCUGGGUUUUGUGGUGGUAUCAGUCUAGUGUCCACACAUUAUUCUUCAAAUGGUAUUUAUAAGAAAAAUUUUUAAGGUGGACUGAGUUACUUAGAUAUUUUGAUAGUAAACUUAAUAGCCAUAAGUCCUAAACUGUUCUUAUUCAGAGUUAAAAUUUGUAAGCUUUUAAGCUUGCUAAAUUAACAAUUUCUAGCUCUAAAAAAUAUACUUGUAUGUGUCUCAAAGAAAAGUUGAAAAAUUAGUACAACAUUGUAACCUUGUUAUAAACCUUGUAUUCUGAUUUGCUUUAUUUUGGGGGGGGGUAUGAUAUAAAGUUCAGACAUUUAAAGGGAGAAAGAUUUUUUUCCUACUCUGGACUAGUGAUCAGAGUUGGUCUGACAUGCCAAGAUAAUGGUAAAAAUCCUCAGACUAUUGUAUACACAGAUUAUAGUAAAAUGCCAUAGUGCAGAAAAAUAUUCCUGGUUCAAGUUAACAAGUUUGGUAAUUUUGAAGUUUGACCUUAGGUUUGGUAUAAUUUAUAUAAGCCUCUAAGUAGGUGUUAGGUUUCUGGUGUUUAUUGACUUUUUCUAUAAAAGAAAACAUCACUCCUGUUUACCUUGUAUUGUAUAUUAGACUUCAUGGUCUCUCAUGCUCCUUGGUUUACUUGAUUUAUUUUAGCCAUAGAAUGCUAUCAGUAACAGUUUCAUGCUUAUACCAAAGAAUUAAAUCUGAUCCUUAAUGCCAGUACUUCUAUUUAAUAAGGAAUUAUUGGAAGCCAGUCACAGAAUUUGACAAUAAACACUAGUGUCUCCUUCACUACAUAUGAGGCUUUUCAUAGAAACCAAGGACUCACUGUAAACUAUUUUUGAAAGUCUGAAUUCUUCUAUUUGGUCUAUACUUCUUCUAUUUGAUCUAUUAUAGACUGGUUUAGAAUUGCUGGUAGCUUAUUUUAAAGAAAAACAAUUGAGCGUGAGUUUUUUUUAAAGAAAAAACAAUUGAGCGUGAGUUUGCUAUCUUUAAAAAUGUUUGUGAAAAUGUGUUAUAAAGGUAUUCUCAUUUUCCUGUUAUUUAAAAUAUUAUAGAGAUUAUUCAUGCCAUUUUUUGUAAACUUUAAAAAUUGCCCCAAACAUUAUUAAGUGCAUCAAGUAAGUGUCAUUGGUAUAUUAGAUGUUUGCUCUUCAUGCUUUUGUAAUUUAAUUUUCAUUCAAAGUGGUUUUUGCCUUUGGUACAACUAAAUUAAAACUCUUGUGUACUAACAUACUGUAUAUAAACAAAACAAUAUGCUUUGUUAGAGGAAAUUUUCUUUUCUUUGAAAUGUGGUUGUAGUCAUUUUUGUUCAGUUCCUAGGUUUUUUAAAAACAAAAUGCCACUUGAAAUUUCUUUUGCAUCAAGAUGUAUGCAAAACAUUGAUGCAGUGCAUCACAAAUGAAAGUUUGUAUUUAAUGAGGAGGUGCUUUACACUGUACUUUUUGGUGUUUUUUGGAAAAGUUCCAUUUAGAUCUAUUAUGAAGCUGUUCAUUUUUAACAAAUAAAAUGUAACAGGUUUCACAUGA